AUGAACAUUUGGGCUGCUCUCCUUGCCUUUGCUUUUUGUGAAUUAAUCCGACAGAUGGAAGCAUCUCUUCUCAGCUGCAUUCCUAGAAAAACCAUAAACUAUCAAAAUGACAGCAAAGAAUUUGGAAAAUCAGGAUUCUCCAACUUUUCAACAUUCUUAGUGAAUAAAGAAACUGAAACCUUAUUUAUUGGCGCCAGGGAUGCUGUCUUUGCCGUUGACAUGAAUGACAUCACUAGAGAAGUGGACAGUGUUAUCAACAAUACAGAGAUGCAUCUAGAGGGAAAGGAAAAGGAGAGCAGAGGGGAAUGUCCAUUUGAUCCCACUCUCAAGUAUAGCUCCGUGUUUGUUGAUGGUGCACUUUACUCAGCUACCUACAACAACUUUUUGGGUACUGAGCCUAUUAUAUUUCGAGGAUUAGAAAAUCGCUUAAGGACAGAAUUCAAAACAUCUUGGUUGAAUGAGCCCAGAUUUAUUCAUAUGGAUUUCAUACAAGAGAGCAAGGAAAAUGCUGAUGGAGAUGAUGAUAAAAUUUAUGUAUUCUUCACUGAAACAGCUAUUGAAUUUGAAUUCUAUGAGAAACCUCUAGUUUCAAGAAUUGCUCGUGUCUGCAAAGGUGACCUCGGGGGAAAGCGACUGUUACAGAAGAGAUGGACGUCAUUUUUAAAAGCCACCCUCAUCUGUUCUCUUCCAGAGUCAGAUUUCUACUUUAACAUUGUUCAGGAUGUCUUUUUACUUAAGACAGGGAACUGGAGAGAAACUAUCUUUUAUGGGAUUUUUAUGCAGCAGUGGGGGAAGUUGGAUACCACUGCGGUUUGUGCUUACAGUAUGAAAACAGUUCAAGAUGUUUUCUCCAAGGGAAAAUACAAAGGACUUGUAACCCUGGAAAAUUCUUAUGUUAAGUGGGUGAUGUACAGAGGAGAAGUUCCUGUCCCUCGACCUGGUGCCUGCAUUGACAAUUUUGCUCGGAGCAUUGGAUAUAACACUUCUCUCGAUUUGCCUGAUAAAACCCUACAGUUUGUGAGAGAUCACCCAUUAUUGGACACUGCCCUUCAUCCAAUUGGGGGUAUACCUGUGUUACUGAAAAGAGGCUCAAUUUAUACUAGAAUUGUUGUAGACAGAAUAUUUGGUCUAGAUAAAAAAACCUAUGAUGUCUUAUUCCUAGUCACAGACCGUGGCUAUUUGCACAAAGCUCUCAACUGUGAUGGGGAUAUGUUCAUUGUGGAGGAGUUACAACUGUUCCAGACACCAGAAUCUGUACAAUCCCUCAAACUGUCUGCAGAAAAAGGUUUGUUGUAUUUAGCAUCAUCUAGUCGUGUGAUUCAAGUCCCUGUUGCUGUGUGUAGCCGAUACCAGCACUGCCUCGAUUGCCUCUUAGCUCGAGAUCCUUACUGUGCUUGGGCCCAGAACCGGAGCCAGUGUGUCUCUGUGGUGGACCACGCUAAUAACUCUGAGGUUUUAAUUCAGAAUAUUAGAAAUGGAGAUGUGUCAGAGUGUCCCAAAGUGGACAGGCCCAUCCAAAAUGUUAUUGUCAGAGCUGGGGACAGCAGCCAACUGAGAUGCUCCCCCCUGUCCAAUUUGGCCUCUACACUGUGGCUAUUCAAUGGCAGACAUCUUCAAGCAGAAGAAACAAAAUACCUCCUCUACCAUCAAGGACUGUUGGUGUUUAAUAUAACGAAGGCUGAUGCAGGACGCUAUGAUUGUCAGUCUGUGGAGAAAGUCAAUGGGAGAGAAUUAUUUGUCACUGUGGAAAGCUAUAUCCUCAGCCUUUUAUCAGAGAGUUUGGGGAAAUUAGUGCAAGGCAGCUCAGAGUGGCCCCAAGCAGAGACAGUUUCUCCACGCUUUAAAUCUGAUUCCAGCAAAUAUAGGGACCUUGCCCAUGGGGGAGCCCGGAAUGAGAAGAUCCUCUCCAAAAUAUUCAUCGUGUUGUUUGCCUUUCUUUUUUUCUCCUUACUCUUCUGGAAUUUUACCAAAGGCCUUGCAUGUCUGCAGUCUUGGUUCCAAGGAAAAACCAGAAAUACAAUAAAAAUAGAUAACUUGGGAGAGUCUCCCUUGGAAACUCAGGAAUCAAGUCCUCAAAAGCAGGUGAACAGCUUCUCCUCUCUGAUGCCACUUGUCAUCUCUUCUCCAGACAAUACCCCCAAGAAUUCUAGUGCCAGCACAGUAGGGCUGUGA